AUGCCUCUAUCGGUCGCGGGGUCGGCGUCGGCGUCGGUCGCAGACAGCCGCCCUGCAAGCAAGCUCGGUAUCAAGAUGCCCUCCAGCAGCCAGCGUGUAGAGGCCAAAUAUGAUGUUGUCCUGGACUCACCUCACGUCUGCAAUCCUGUCAUCAUCCCUGCAGAGAAAAUAACCGCUGACAUGACCUCCUCGCCCACCUCAUCAUAUCACCGUCGUCAUUUUCUCACGACGCCCCUCACCACACCAUCCCCUUCGCUCCUCUCUCGCUGUGCUGCUCGCUGGCAAUGCCGCCGUCACCUCACAGACCCCAACCUCGAGCUACACUCGGCGGCGGCCAGCGGUAACGUUGGUCUCGUGCACUAUGCCCUGACGCACGGUCAACCUGUCAAUUCACUACUACACGGCUGCCUUCCUCUCCAUGCGGCCAGUUCGGGCGGCAACGUCAGUGUCGUCCGCAUGCUCAUAGAGCGGGGGGCAGACGUCAACGCCCCGCGCCUCCCCCGUCGCUACAGCGACUUUAGGCGGGGGUCCAACGCUCCGGCCGUCGGAACUGCUGGAUCCACGCCUCUGCAUUUUGCCGCUGCCAACGGUCACGCUUCCGUGGUGGAGAUUCUCCUCGCCUACGGCGCCGUCGCAGAUAAGCCGGAUAAGAAUGGCAUGACCCCCGAGGACCUCGCAGAGUUGAGCAACUACGCACACAUCACACACACCAUUCGCGUGUGGCGACAGAUGAACGAGACGCCGUCCAAGCCGCCAAGUGAUGGAGACGCAGAGGCUGGCCCGUCUGGCGCACGCCGGUCACGAGCCGACUCUGCAGCCAGCAGCGCCAUGUCCGACGCUAGCGACGCUCAGCAGCAGUCGCGCAACAAGGGAAAGGAACGUGCAGCCAGUAUGGUCACCCUUGCGUCGGAGAAGGGUAUUCGCCUGUUGCGCAACAGUCUCGAGAACGGCUUCCGCAACAGCGGCGGUGGUACCCGCACGUCACCGACGACAAACGCCAACACGGGGCUGCUGUCAUUGACAAGAGGCGACGCUACACCCACGACGCCCCCCAAUGUCAUUACAACUCCUGCAACACCAGGAGCAGAGACCAGGGAGCCCAGCCUCGACCUUCCGUCUCCGUUUGGCGAUUCGGCGCCCCCAGAUGCCGCCGCCACCGAAGAGGCGUACAACUCUCCAAACCAGGACGCCGACAAUGCCAACAACCCCAUGCGUUCGUCUCGUCGACCUUCGCUGCCGGCUAUCAUUGAAAAGGCGUCCAACAGUCGGACCGCCUUCCGAACCGCGAUCCGCAAGACGGAAGAGUCUUCGCCGUCGAUCGCUGGAUCGCCACCAUCGUCCCCUCCCAGUAACAGCGGCGGUUCCUUCUUCCGUGGUCGUGCCCGUGACCGCAACUUCAACAAGCAUGCCAUCCUCGGACUGUUCCGCCGCGGCCAGUCGCCACCCUCCCGAAGCCCCAGCCCACCGCAGCGGCUGGAGCCACCGCGCGUCCUUGCCGCCGCGGAAGCCGACGCCAAUGUCCGCCGGCUGAAGCGUGCGAGCAUGGACCCCGAGCUCAUGAAGAUGGCCAUCGACUCGAUGGAGCUCAACGCGCAGCUCGAGGCGGCUGCCGUUACCUCGGCACCAGUCUCCAAGACUCGGUUCUUCGAGGAGCCGCAGACCCCCAUCAUGGCCGACCGCCCCAUCCUGACUGCGCCGUCAACAGUGGAGAGGUCGUGGGACCGCCGCCCGUCUGGUCGUGUCCGCGGCGUGAUCAGCCCCAGUCCUCUCGCCAACGAGUGGGGAGCGAAUGAGGACGACGAGGACCGCGACCGCACAGUCACAGUGCGCCGCACGAGGACCGAGGUUCGCAAACAGCCCUCGCACCCGCGCCGCAUGCCCAGCGAGCCAGUCAUGAAUGGCUAUGGACCUAAACGACGCGCAUCCACUAUGCCAAGCGAACAGCGUACCGUCUCCAACCCUGACACUGCUGCGAGCAGCAUGUCCAGCUCGCCCUUCUUCCCUCCCAGCGACGCCGAGGCGGCCGACGACGAGCGCGAGGACGUUAUUGAGAGUGCCAUGCCCAGCAUUGAGGCCUUGGCAGUGACCCGCGCCCAAGCCCAAGGGUCAGCCGACUCGAGCCCCGUGGCGUCCAUCGACGUUCCAGCUUUGACCCUCGACGCUCCGGACGAUUCGGAGCUCACGUCCAGCACGGAACUGCGCGAGCUGUCCGAGAUGGACGCGGAGACGCGUCGUCUUCGCGGCGAGAGUGUCGGUUCGUCCGUAACCAACUCUUCCCGCGGCAUCAAGACACCUCCCUCUGUCACUCCCCCGGGAGCUACGAAACCCUUUGUGGAUGAGGUGUCCAACGACAUGCGCUCGCUCGGCUUCAUCCCCUCGUCUCCGAGCGGACGUGCAAAUGGUGGUGGUGGUGGCGGCGGUCGCGCUCGCGGCCACAGCCUAGGGUCACAGUUCCCGCCUGUGCCCGAGCACGAAGUGACCGACAGCUACGACGCUCGCCCACCGCUCAAGAUGAUCUCCACGCACGCCGAGGCGCGUGACGCAAUGCAGCAGACGGAGCGCGACGUGCUCGAGCUGGCGCAGAUGCCAGUCACCGAGGACUCGUACCGUUCGCUUGCUGACCAACUCGCGGCAUAUGGCGACACGCACGCUCUCGCCGAAGAGUUUGCGCGCGUCGAGAGCGGCAGCCAGACCGGCAGCCGUCUCUCGCAUGGAUCCCUCACGAGCAGUGCGAGCGGUGACAGCAGUGGACGGCACAAGCGGCGGUCUGUUAGCUCGACCACCUCGGCGACUCGCCACUCGCGCAACGCGACCUCGCCAUCCCUUUCAUUCACCGCACUCGAGGGCAAGGUGCCGUCGAUCCACGACGUCUACGACCGUCGCGACAAGGCGUACCGCGACCGCAUGAGCAGUCUGGCGUCCACGCCCAUCCAUGGCAUGCAGGUCCGCUCCAUGGCUACUGUGACGCGCAGCCGCACCGUGUCGGGCGACUAUGUCUCCGGAACCCGCAGCCGCGCGACGUCUGGCAGUGACAACUGGCUCACUGCCGGUCCGCACCAGAAGCCGCCCCAUCCCCAGCGACGCCUCACCGACCCGUCCAUGACGGCGAUGGCACCCGAGGGAAACACGCACAUGUCCGGCCAGAUGCCCAUGGUCUCUGAGCUGUAUGGCUCGCGCAAGCUCAGCGGCUCCCGUUCGGCGCUUGGGUAUCGCCACCCCUCCUCGGCACCUGUCACCGCCAUGCCGUCGGCCCGCGCUUCGCCUGUCCCGGGCGUACACCGGUCGAACAGCACCACAAUGUCGCGCUCCUCGUCCCUACACCGCCCGAACGACCGCGUCAACUCGAUGCGGUACCAGGGUCUCGCCCAGGCGCGCCAGUUUGCCGCAUCCUCGGCGCACGGAUCAGCCUUUGCGUCGCACUAUGGCGCAACCACGGCGGACGGGAACGAGAGCGACGACUCGGAGGAACGGCGGCGCGAGUACACUGUCCUCACGAACGACUGGCAGAGCGAGCGCGCACCGUCGCGCGCCGAGACCGUCGCGUCCUCCAAACCCAUGGGCCGCUCCGUGUCCGUCUCGGGCCACCACGGCGGCUACGGCCACGCCCACAGUAACAGCGUGGGCGGCACGAGCUCGAGUUCUGGCCGCUGGGGCCAGUUCAAGGGCGCGAUUGGGAACCUCAACCUGCGUCGUUGA